GAGACAUAAAAAGCCAUAAAAUUAGAUGAAAAUCCACGCAAUUCCUUAUUGAUUUACUUCCCGUUUUUCCUCUAGUUAUUUUUGUCUCCCGCAGUUUUUUCAAUUAGCAAUUGGAUAAGGAAUCUUAUACAGUUCAUGGAUUUCUAAGCCAUUGACCAAUUUUUCUAUUUGGUACAUUAAAUUGGCUAAUUGGGAGAAAAAAAUACAAGAAUAAAAGAGUUUUAUCAAGCAUUUUCAAAUGGAAAUCUUGUCAUCUGAGACCUUAUAUCAUCUGAGACCUUAAAAAAUAAUUGCAUUUCCCCCAACUCAAUUUUUAUUUUAUGAGAUAAAUUGGCAAAUUUCAAUCAAUCGAAAACUUCAAAAACACCUAGAAACAAUUUAUUCGGCUAUUGGCUGCAUUCGCUCUUCGAUAAAUUUAUUAUAGUGAUUUUUUUCUUAAAAAAACUCUCCAAUAAAUGCUAUUUUAAGUUUAUUUCCACAAGUUUUAUCAUUUAUGCAACUGGGUUAUAAGAACUAUAACGAGCAUUGAAGCGACAAUUUAAGAGCUGAAGAUAACAUAAUAACUACUUUUGGAACAAAUUUGCCAGCCCGACGUAACUUAAGUUGGUAGACUUUAUGCUCGUCGCCAAAACCCGCAAAGCUAUUUAUCUGUGCGGGCUCAAAAUAUGACCACGAUUUGUACGCCAACUUCUAGUUCCGGAUUAAAUUCCAGCGUUACAACUCCAGAAAAACCCACUCCCAAUGUUUUAGAAGAAGUUUACAAGAUUCCAGUUAUUACAAGUCAAAAUAAGAAUCCAGUUGUGUCCGCACCAAACCAGAGUAACAAGGUUUUCAUGUGGCGUAAAGACAGCAAAAUGCAUGAUCAAAUUAUAGCUCCAAAAAUUGUCCCCAGUCAAAAUUCAAACGAUGGCCAGUUAGCUAUCAAAAAAACACCUCAAACUUUACCUCUGAACUCCCCUGGAUCAACUAAUCCUGGCAAUGAAAACCAAAUCUCCUCUCCUGGAAAGAGUCUGAAACAGUUGGUGAGUCACAGCAUAGACAUUGCCGUGUUUCAGAUGAGUCCCAGACAGGUCAAGGUCAAGUUCGCCUUCCUCACUGUCGGGGACGUGGACACUAAGUCGCAGAGGUUCGUGACCGAAGUGCUGAUUCAGGCCAAGUGGGUGGAGCCUAAAUUGAGGGGACUCACAGACGCGAGCCAGGUUGAGAAGAUUGAAGAGCUGUGGGAUCCGAAGCUGAAGAUCCAGAAUCUGGAGGAGAUCAAAGGCGGCAGGGAUGAGAAAUGGCACACGAUCAAACUGGGCGAAGUGGACCCAGUGGUCGUGUACAGACGACGUCUGAAGGGCAGCUUCUACGAAAACAUGGAGCUCAAAGACUUCCCCAGAGAUGUACAGGACAUCUCUGUGAUUCUGCGGAGUGAGUUGCCGACCAGUGAGAUCGAUUUGGUCCCUGACCCUGACGAGUUGAGCACAGUUGAAGUUUCUACUUUUCAGGACAAACAGGAGUGGAGCAUGUAUAAACAUGUAGAUGUGUCGACGAAAUUACCGGAGACUGAUGAUGAUGACAAUUUGGACGAGAACCCUUUCCUGAAUAUCCCCAUCAUCACUGCUACUGCUAGAGUGGCCAGAAGGUCCACAUUUUUCUUCUGGAACGCCAUUCUAAUCAUGAUGUGUAUAGUGACGUUGAGUUUCUGUGGCUUCGCUCUGGACUACCAGGACGUGAAGUUCCGCAUAGCUGGCAACUUGACCUUGCUACUGACCUCUGUCGCUUUCAAGCUAUCUGUCAAUCAACACCUCCCGAUGAUACCAUACCUCACUGGACUGGACAUUUACCUACUUUCCAGUAUGAUGUUCCUGUGCUUCAUGACUCUGCUGUUCGCUUUUCUAGCAGUGCUGAAGGAUGACCCCCAGAGAGCCAAGAGGGCAGACACCAUCUGUCUCUCAACCCUAGUCCCAUUCCAACUACUCUUCCAUAUACUAUUCGGAAUAGCCUUCUUCAAAAAGACUAACAAGCGGCGAAAGGAGAUGCAACAAAAAGACCUCGAGUAUUUGUUGCAUCGAAACGUCAAUCGGUCAGAUUGUGUCGCCCAACAUAGUUUGGGGUCAUUGUCAUUUGAAAAGGAAUUGAAGAUCCAGAAAGAGAAAGACUCAAAAGACAGGGUUCGAAAGGAGACAAAAAUAGGACUUCCUGAUGCAAAUGGCUCGCUUGUUGUAAACAACAACAAUAACAACAACAACAAAGCUAAGGGUGACAGCCUAGCUUGAAAUAAACCAGGCCGAAAAAUUCUUGAAAAAAAAAUUAUCUCAAUUAUGUUUUACAGACAAUCCAUUCGAAUUCUUUUUUAAUUUCAUUUUCUGCAAAUAUCAGAAACUUCAGCAAAAAAAAUGGUAAAUUUUGAAACAUUUUGAUUGCUAGCUUUACUGAUAGAUGUUUAUGAGUUGAUAGUUUUGUGAGAUCAAGUUAAUAUGCUCCUCACAACCCCCCUUCCUUCCUCCCACCCC